AUGUCUUCCUCGCUAUCGGCCGAGGAGAUCCCCCUGCUGAAAUCCGAUGCCGGGGAGUUGCAGAGCAAGCUCCCAUUGAAGGCCAUCCCAGGGAGCUACGGCAUCCCUUUCAUCUCCCCAGUCAUGGAUCGCCUUGACUUCUUGUACAACCAGGGCGGCGAUCAGUUCUUCCAGUCCCGGAUAGACCGCUACGGAUCCACCGUCCUCCGGGUCAACGCGCCGCCUGGUCCCUUCAUGGCGAGGAACUCGAAAGUGGUCGCCGUCGUCGAUGCCAAGAGCUUCCAAGUUUUAUUCGACUGCUCCAAGGUGGAGAAGAAGGACGUCUUCACCGGCACCUACGUGCCCUCCACCUCCUUCACUGGCGGCUACCGGGUCUGCGCGUACCUCGACCCCUCCGAGCCCACCCACACCAAGGUCAAGCAGGUCCUCCUCCAUCUCCUCGCCGCGAGGAAAACCCACGUCAUCCCCGAGUUCCGGGCUUCGUACUCGGGCCUCUUCAGCACCAUGGAGGAGGAGAUCGCCCGGUCGGGUAAGUUCGUCUUCAACGACCUCAACGACGACGCCGCGUUUGAGUUCCUAGGGAAGGUCUUCACCGGAGUGAGCCCCUCGGCGACGGCGCUCGGUUCCAGCGGACCGAACAAGGCGACCAAGUGGCUCUUCCUUCAGCUCUGUCCCAUCAUGACCCUCGGCCUGCCCAAAAUUCUGGAGGAUCUCUUACUCCACACCUUCCCUUUACCCUUCUUCGUGGCGAAGAAGGACUACGCUGCGCUGUACGAUUACUUCAGCUCCGCGGCGCAGACCGCCCUGGACUUCGCCGAAGAGCUGGGGCUGUCCAGAGAAGAGGCCUGCCACAACCUCGUCUUCGCUGCAUGCUUCAACGCGUUCGGCGGCUUGAAGGUGCUCCUUCCCGGGGUCCUGCAGUUCCUUGCAAAGUCCGGGAGCGACCUUCAUGCCCGCCUGGCCGACGAGGUCCGCUCCGCCGUGCGCUCAGAGGGCGGGGAGCUGACCGCGGCUGCCUUGGAGAAGAUGGAAUUGACCAAGUCUGUGGUGUACGAGGCCCUUCGAAUGGACCCGCCCGUGAAGUACCAGUACGGGGUGGCCAAGCGGGAUCUGGUCGUCGAGAGCCACGAGGCGAGCUACGCGGUGAAGGCCGGCGAGAUCUUGUUCGGCUACCAGCCGCUCGCGACGCGCGACCCGCAGGUGUUCGGGCCUGACGCCGGGGAGUUCGUCGCUGACCGGUUCGUGGGGGAGCGGGGCAGGGAGCUGCUCCGGUACGUGGUGUGGUCGAACGGGCCGGAGACGGAGAACCCGACGGCGGGCGACAAGCAGUGCCCCGGCAAGGACAUCAGUGUGCUGACGGCUCGGUUGCUGGUGGCGGAGUUCUUCCUGCGCUACGACACCUUCGCGGCGGAGCUAGGACAGGUCCCUCUGGCUGUCAAAGUUACCUUCACCUCGUUGACCAAGGCGACGGCUGGGUCGAAGGAGUGA